AUGGCCUCGUUGGCACGGUAUCUGGGCCGCUCGGCAGGGCUAGUGCCCCGGAGAAGCUUAAUCGCUCUUAAUUGCCGCUCAUUCUCUUCUACAACACCGAUUCUUGCGCCGCCAGAUGAUCCCGCAAUCCCACGCCCUCCGCGAGAACCUCGUCCUGAGGAGUUGCCGGCAGCACCAGAGUAUUCCCCCGACCAAUUGACCCAAGAGGAGCGAUCGCUGUACGAUAUGCUGUCUGCUGAGGACCGUGCGAAGUUCGAUGUCGACAACGCCAAGAUGGUUGCGGAAUACAACGAUCCCGCAAAGCGAGCGAAGAUGUUUGCGGAGAUUGACAAGGAGGUGAACCAUUUGGAGAGGGAGUUCCCUCAGCGCUUCGAGGAAACUCUGCGAGGGAAACCGCGUGGCUUCUGGACGGAAGACGAAGAUGAUGAGUUCGGUAUCGUCGAUGAUACUGGCGAGGUGGUCCGUGACGACGAAAUCACCACCCCAGCCCAUGCGGAACUCGAGCUCCACCGCGAAAUGAGAGAAUACGCCCGGAUUACUGCCUGGGAUAUGCCAUUCUUGAGCAAACUCGCUCAACCCUUCACCCUCCCUCCUCAAACCCACAUUCUCCGCUUCCGUUACACCACAUAUCUCGGUGAAUCUCACCCCGCUGAAAAUAAGGUCGUUGUCGAGCUGAGUAGCCGCGAUCUUGUACCCACUUAUCUCUCCGAGGAGCAACGCCAGACUUUCCUCAAAAUCGUCGGCCCGCGAUUCAACCCAGACACAGAUAUUGUUCGCAUGUCCUGCGAGAAAUUCGCGACUCGCGCCCAGAACAAGCGCUACCUAGGCGAUCUCGUUGGUACCCUGCUCAAGGAAGCUAAAGAGGGUGAUUCAUUCACCGACAUUCCCCUCGACCUUCGCCACCACAAGCCCAAACCAAAGGUUACGUUCCCGGAGUCGUGGAUUAUGACCGAAACGCGAAAGAAACAACUCGCGGCUACGCGCGCGGAACGAAUCCGCUUGGCGCAUGAAAGACAAGUUACUGUGGAUGGGAAAUCAGUCAUUACAGAGGCUACGAAGGUUUUGCCGGCCUUGAACCCUGCGUUGAGGUUGAAAGCAGCUGAGGAGCGGGAGAAGGUUGCCGUGAGGUUGAGUACUUCGAAGCUGGGUUCGAAACGGAAGAUUUACUAG